AUGACACAUUAUGCUAUAUCGUUAUACGAUAAAUUACGAGAGAAACAACCUUUAAAUUUCAAGAAAUUAAUUGUUGUUUCUGGUGAUACCAGUCAAGAAAAUUUAGGAUUGUCAGCUGUCGAUAGACAAAUGUUAACUGAAAAAGUGACUAUAAUAAUUCAUAACGCGGCAAGCGUGAAAUUUAACGACAGUUUAAAGUACGCCAUUCUUACUAAUACCAGAUCAACGAGAGAUAUAUGUAUCUUAGCUGAAAGUAUGAAGAAUCUAAUGGCUCUAGUAUAUGUUAGCACAGCAUAUGCACAUUUGGAUAAUCCGUUUAUAGAGGAAAAGGUGUAUCCGCCUAUAGACAAUUGGCGGAAAAUGAUCAAAAUGGCGGAGUCAUUGGAUGAGCAUAUCUUGAAUGUUUUUACAGCUAAAUGCUUGAAUAAUAUUCCCAAUACAUAUAUAUACUCGAAAAAUUUAGCAGAGAGUGUAAUACAGGAUUAUUCCUUAUCUUUGCCUUGCGCGAUUGUGAGACCAUCCAUGGGUACGUAGAACUAUUGUUAAAUAUUAGAGAAUGCUACCCACACAGAAAAAUGAUAUGUAUUAGAUAUCUGCUAGAUAUCUUCAAUGUCUACCAGGGAUAUCCACAGGAUAUACAGAAACAGCUAUUAGACAUGCUACGGAUAUCCAAAUGUCCGCCAUUCGAGAUCUCAUAAAUAUCUAUAGGAUAUCUACAUAAAUAUCCAUUAGGUAUCUAUACAAUAUCCAGUGAAUAUCUAUAAAAAUAUCCACUAGGUAUCCAUACAAUAUGCAGUAGAUAUUUAUGAAGAUAUCCAUUAAGCAUCCAUACAAUAUUAUGUAGAUAUCCAUUGUAUGUUGGUUAAAUUUUGAUCACAAAAUGAUUAAUUAAAUGUUCUAAAAGUUAGGUCUUAUGAGACCCGCAUAUGACAUAUCAAUAUGUCCCAUUCACGAGACAUCAUUUUCUGA